AGCUCACACAAGAUGCUUCAACGUCGUCGUAUUCUCCUUCCCUUGGCCACCUUCAUAUUCUGGUCAUGUUUCGACGGCGUCGUUUCCGACCCCCAGACCCAUCUUCUGAACAGAGGGUGCAGCCAGUACAACGUCUCCAACUUGGCCAGCUUCAACGACAACCUAAACGCAACGUUUCGAGACCUCAGAGAUCAGGUCGUCGCCCAGAGGAAGCUCUUCGCCACGGCACAGCAAGCCAAGGGAGGCAGCCCCGUCUACGCUCUUUUCCAAUGCAGAAACUAUCUCUCCGCCGCUGACUGUACCGCUUGCUUCAACAUCGCCGCCGCACAGAUACGGAACUGCUCCGCCGGAGCCAACGGUGCCCGCGUUAUCUACGACGGCUGCUUCCUCAGGUAUGAGAGCAGUAGUUUCUAUGAUCAGACGACGCAGCCUGGCAACAGCAUGGCUUGCGGGAAUCAAACUUAUGGAGAUAACACAACAUUUGACUCAACAGCUCAACAAAUGCUAAUCAAUCUCCAAACAGCAACACCCAGAAUUACUGGUUUCUUUGCAGCCACAAAGACUCGGAUACCUAACAAUGGUCCUACUGUCUAUGCCAUUGCUCAGUGUGUUGAUACUGUCACACACAGUGGCUGCCUUGAUUGCUUGAAGGUUGGCUACAACAAUCUGCUGACUUGUCUUCCCACUUUGGAGGGUAGGGCUUUUGAUGCUGGUUGCUUCAUGAGAUACUCCACCACUUCCUUCUUUCCUAAUAACCAGACCAUUGAUAUAACACCCUUCUUGAAACAAGGUUCAAGUAAGAGGGGAGCUAUUAUUGGUGGGGUCGCAGGAGGAGUGGCUUUUGUUUUGAUUGUCCUUGCAGUGUUUCUUUUGAUUAUGCAACCCAAGAGGCCAAAGAAGGUUCCCAGAGAUGACAUACUGGGAGCAACAGAGUUGAAAGGACCUGUUAAGUACAGAUAUAAGGACUUGAAGAUUGCAACAAAAAAUUUUAGUGAAGAAAAUAAACUGGGAGGAGGAGGAUUUGGUGAUGUAUACAAGGGCACUCUUAAGAAUGGGAAAAUAGUUGCAGUCAAGAAAUUAGCUUUAGGUAACAGCAAGAGGAUAGAUGAAGAUUUUGAGAGUGAAGUGAAGCUUAUUAGUAAUGUUCAUCAUCGGAAUCUUGUUCGCCUUUUGGGAUGCUGCAGUAAAGGCCAAGAGAAGAUCCUUGUUUAUGAAUACAUGAAAAACAAUAGUCUUGACAGAUUCUUAUUUGGCCAAAACAAAGGUUCUCUCAAUUGGAAGCAACGGUAUGAAAUAAUUUUAGGCACAGCAAGGGGUUUGGCCUAUUUACAUGAGGAAUUCUAUGUUUGUGUCAUACAUAGAGAUAUAAAGACCAACAACAUCCUCUUAGACAAUGAUCUUCAGCCUAGAAUUUCUGAUUUUGGGUUGGCAAGACUUCUGCCUAAGGACCAAUCUCAUCUUAGCACAAAGUUCGCAGGAACAUUGGGAUACACAGCACCUGAGUAUGCAAUUCAAGGUCAAUUAUCAGAGAAGGCCGAUACCUAUAGUUAUGGAGUUGUAGUCCUAGAAAUCAUCAGCGGCCAAAAAAGCAUUGAAUUAAAGGUUGAUCCUAAUGCCGAAGGCGAAUUCCUCCUUCAACAAGCCUGGAAACUAUAUGAGAAAGACAUGCACUUGAAAUUGGUGGACGAGACCUUAGAGCCUAAUGACUAUGAUCCAGAAGAAGUGAAAAAAAUCAUAGAGAUUGGUUUGCUUUGUACCCAAGCAUCUCCUGCAAUAAGGCCAACAAUGUCUGAAGUUGUUCUUAUGCUUAGAAGCAAGGGCUUAAUGGAGCACAUGAAACCCACUAUGCCAGUCUUCAUUGAAACUAAUUUGACGUCUAGGGAAGGCACCUUAACCUCAACUUCUUUCCUUAAUACCAAUGCUACAGCCUCCACUAUUACACUAUCAGCAAGAUGAUAGUACUACACAAGAAUUUACAGCUGGAAGUGACUUAGACAGUUGAAGUUUCAACCUAAUAAUGUAAAAAGUAAAAAUGUAAAGUCCUUUAA